CAAGAAGACUGUGUUUGUGGAUUUAUGAAUUUUGUACUUUUUUGUUUUCUGCUUUGCUUUGAAAAGAUAAGAUGCCUUUGGAUCUUCAGUGGCCUUUUCCAGACUUCAACAAACCUUAUAGGUUAUGGCAAAUGAGAAGCUCAUUAGUUGUUUGCGCUGUUGGAAUGUGGAGCAAGAUUAUGAUUGGUAGUGAUUGGUUUAAUAAUGUCAAGGUGUAUAACAGAGAAGUUCUUAUAAAGGCUUUAGAUGGCCGACCACAGAGAACACCUUUAGUGACAGUCAGCAAUCAUCAUUCAUGUGUAGAUGAUCCUAUACUGUGGGGAAUCCUUGAUUGGCAUCAUCUCUUGAACCCUAAAGUAAUGCGUUGGUCAGCAGCUGCUCAUGAUAUCUGUUUUACCAGAAAAUGGCAUGCUAGUUUUUUUGCCCAUGGAAAGACUUUCCCAUUGUGUCGAGGAGAAGGAGUUUAUCAGUGGGCUAUGGACUUUUGUGUGAAUCUAGCUAAUGCUGGAAACUGGAUUCAUUUUUUUCCCGAGGGCAAAGUGAACUUGAUGAAUAAAGAGUUCCACCGCUUAAAGUGGGGUGUUGGACGACUGAUAACUGAAUCCAAAAAUUGCCCUUUGGUGAUACCAUUCUGGCAUAUUGGUAUGGAUGAGGUUUUACCCAACAAGAAGCCUUACAUUCCUAGAAUUGGAAAGGAUAUUACAGUUUUAAUUGGAGAUCCAGUGAACUUUAAGUCUGUGAGAGAGAAGUUAAAAAAAGAAAAACAACCAGCUAUGGUACAGCGUAAGCUUAUUACUGAUAUACUUCAAGAAGAAUUAGGACGACUAAAGCAUCAGGCAGAACAACUACACUAUCAGACAUUUUGUCUCAGAUAAUUAAAAUAUGUUUUGUAGAAACUUCAUAAUUACUAAAUGUAAAUAAAUAAUAAAUAUAAAUUUUACAUUGAUCAUCUUGUUUAUUAUGUAUGAAUUGUACACUGGUACACUUCUCUAAGCUGUACUAAAAUUAGUAAAAUUUAAUAGCAUUUUUACAUACUAAAUGGAUAAAUUACUUUCUAAUUGUGUUAUAAAAAAGCAUGUAGAAAUAAAUUUUAUUGUUUAAAGUAUGGGUUAUUAUAAAAUUUUAUUACUCAUUAUUUUUGUAGUAUUAUUUGAGUGAAUUUUUCUUUCAAUAACAAUCAUAUACAAUGUUUCAUUAGAAACUGGUAAACUCAGUGUGGAAAAUAAAUAUUUAUCUCCCCAAAAUCUGUUUAUGAGUAGUAAAUUGAAAAGAUUUGUAAUUUCUAAUUUUGAAAUGUAUGAUCACCCAUGAUUUUAUGUUAUAAAUAUGUUAAUAAGUACAAAGUACUUUGUAGGUAUAACUUCUGUUAGCAGGUCUAAACUGUUCAGAGUUGAAAGUUGUCUGAUAUUUUUAGCUUCAGAGCACAUUAAAGAUUAUACUUUCAGUUAAAUCAUAAUCUUUUAUUAUUCAAUGUAUUUUUGUUAUAGACCAGAGAAAUGUGUUGAGCAGUUUAGGCUUAAUGGAAAAGCCCACACAAUCUGAAAAUGUAUGAGAUUUUGUUCCUGAGCAGUAAAUGAAAAGUUACUGUUGAUUUAACUUUGAAUUAUUGUAUAAAAUGUACAUAUUAGAUAUUACUUGGUUUUGGACAAAGAAAAGAUGUGUUACACAGAGAAAUAUGUAGUUGAUAGUUCCUUACUGUCAAAUGUUUUUCUAUUAAAUUAUAUUUGUUAAUUAGCAGUUACCUUUCUUGUGUACUUUUGUAAACUGUUUCUGAACCAAAAGUAUAGAAUGAGCUAGAACUAGACUCUCUCUUUGUAACCCUGAAAGUUUUAAAUGAUAGCUUCAUUUUAUGUUUGAUAAUCAAAAUAAUGUUGAUGUAGUAACUUGGAAUCUAGUUGCUUAAAUCAGGGGCAGUUUCAGAAAUAAUUAUUAGGGGGCUUAGCAUGUGAGGAAUGGAGCCAAGGUGAAGAUUCUGUGUUUGCUUUCAUAGCAGUUUCCCUGAAGUCACUGUUAUGCCUAACUAAAUAUUAGAUGUAGAUAUACACACUGAAUAUGUAUCUGAUCCUGUAUAUUGCACCUGUGAGUGGUUUAUGAGAAAGAGCUUUAAUCAACACGUGCUAAGUUAUGCCACACAAGAAAUACACACAUACAAAAAUAGCAUGAAAAGAUAGUGAAUUAGUUCAAUUAUCUUAUUAAACCAAAAUUAAAUAAAGUACUAAACACAUUUCUUGGGUUAAAAAUUUUACAAGAUUUUUCACUUUAGAAAAUUGUAUGACUUUUGUUCAUCAAUUCCAGUUACAACAAAAUGAUAUGUUUUUUUUGUAGUUUUUCACACAAACAACAAAAAAAACACAAAAUAAGGUCUACAGAACAAUAAAACUUGCAAAUAAACUUUGUAGUAUAAUUAUUUGACUUAAGUUAUUUUACCCAGACCUGUAUACAUUGCUGUACAGGUUUGCAAUGUUGAAGUUCUUGAUGCAAAACAAUUGACUUUGGGCCCAUUGAAGCAAAGAGAUACAAAAUCAUAUCUUGGUUAAGAUCUUUGACCUGUUCUUUAUCCAUACAAAUCAGGCUAAGACUUGACAGUCUUUAUUGCAACACUGUAGUUCGUAAGUAGGAUUUUAUUUUCUUUAAUGCAGAAAAGGAGCAUUCACAACUCACACUUGUAACUGGAAAUGUCAAUGAUAGUCUAAGUAAUUUCCAGAAAUUUGGAAAACUCACUGCACUCACAAAACUCCCAAUACUUAAUAAGUGAGAGGCCACUGCCUGCAUGUCUAUAAAUGACUGCUUAUGCAACUUUUACCUCUGCCUUUAGAAGGCUCUUACCUAUAGAAAGGGCACCACCAUAUUUGUCAAGAACAAUAGAAAUUUCACGACUGUCCAGGAAAUUACUACAAGUGGGGCUUAAUGGUUGCAUAUUUCAUAGUAAGUCACUAGUUUUAUCACUGAAACAUCUUCCUAAUUCAUGUGUGAAAUGAUCAAUUACAGGGAGAUACAUCUCAAUCAUUAAACAACUAUUUGAUUUUCUGCUUGGCUCAUCAUGUUGUCCUGUGGUGUCUGUGUAAAGAAACCCUGAUAGCUCUCUUCUCUUACAUUUUCUGUUGUCAUUUGGAAGUUCCAAAGAAAUGCUAUAGUCAUUGCACAAAUCUGUAAUUUGUGACCAAUGUUCAUCCCAUGAAGUUUCUGAUAUUCUUUUGUGACUAAAUGCUUGCUUCACAUAAUUUACUAGCUGUAUGGCAUUAGCAAGAUCCAGUUCAGGAUUCUACAAUAGAUACUGAGUAUUUUUAUUGGUACCCAGAAGAGUAAAAUGCAAACAAACUAGCAACAAAGCUUCAUGUCAACAUUGGCAUUAGAAAUCUCUUAGCUUCCAUGAAGUUGUUACUGUCUCCUUGUGCAAUUUUCUCCAAACACUGUUGUACAUUGAAACCUUUCCUUAACUGCAGAAACCACUCUCCACUGACAAGCCCAUCUUGUUUCUGAAAUGCAUGAAAGUUCUCUAACUUUUAAAUUUUUUGUCUCUUACAAUGUCACAAAUGUUUCAUGCACUGAAGGCUGAGCUGAUAACCACAAGUGCUUAUACAAGUUAAAAAAAUUUCUAGCCACUUUGACAUCCUUCACUGUAUCAACUAGAGCAAGGUUAAGUCUACGUGCCUGACAACGAUUGUAAACUGUGUGAGGAUGAACCCAGCCUGGCCUGUACUCUAUUACACUUGCCUGACACGACAGAAGCCCCAGUUGCUUUGUCCAGUCUAAGGCUGUGAAACUUAUUGGUAAUAAGCCUACAAAACGUCUGCAGUGAGAUCUUUGGCAUGCUCAAAGGGCAGAAAUUUGUCUUUCACAUUUGGUUAUUCAUCUGCAAUACAUAUACAUAUAAAAAAACUUUUUUACCAGUCUCUAGUCUCGUUAGCCAUAA